CCGAACCGCAUCGAGCUCUGAAAAGCGCGCGCGCUCUCCUUCCCCGCGGAACCAUCGAGAACCAACAUCGAAAAGAACCAACAAACACAGCGAGAAUGUUUCAGAAAAGGAUUAUCGAACUUAUUGUGGUGCUGCUGUACUGGAUGGUGAUCACGCCGGCGGUUUACAAGAUAUGCAAGGACAAGAACAUAAUCCAGGUGGAUAUGAAUCACCUGCUGGACACCGUGGCCGAGCACUGCACCUUUGGCCUCUGUCUGAUGGUGGGAUACGUGAUCCUCUACCGCAUAGUGAUCUUCAUCUACAUGAAGCUCAAGGUCUGCGACAUCCAGAUGUGGCAUAACCUGAAGAAGACCCAAGACGACCCCGAGGCUAACCUAAGCAAGAAGUCCCACUACCAGGCUGUCUCCACGGAGAACAUUGACACUGUGGACAGUGGCAAGAAAAGGCCAAUGACACCCAAGAUGAUAAGGACCAUCAGCAAUCCCUUGCUUAUCGAAAGCGAUUUGGCACGCAUUCACGUCAAGCACGAGACACGACCGCUGCAGAGUGCCACACUGCCUAGGUUGCAGCACGCCCAGGUCCACGCCAGUCCGAGUCCCAGUCUAAGAAGUGCACCGCCAGUGCCCAUGCAGCCACCGAAUGUCUACAACCAAGGUGUAAUCAUGUCGCCAAAGGUCCUCAUGCCAAGACAUCCAGACAUGGUAUAGAGAAGGAUAACGGAGAAGGAUAACGAGAUCCAUUCCAAGUAUUAGCUACAACCCAAAGAUCGAAAAGACAAUCGAAAUACCCACGAAAUUAGUCAAUCAUCACAGCACAAGGCUCUUCCUGCAGCAGAAAGAGUUCGAGUGAAGUUUAGUUAGCGAAUUAUUAUGUUUUAUGUACAUAUGGAUAUUUAUUAUUAGUCGUAAGAAUCCUUCUUGUUAUGUGAGUAAUUAUCGAACCGUAUAUGUGUCAUAUGCCGUUAUUUAUGUAUAAUAAAGAGAGAACAAUUUUCAA